UAGGUAAUGGGCCCCAUCAUGAUCGAAUUUGUGUUUAUAACCAGAGCAACAUAGUAGAUGGAGUUUACUGCCUCCCAAUAGCACACUGGAUUGAAGUCUCUGGACAUACCGAUGAGAUGAAACAUACAACUGACUUCUAUUUUAAUAUUGCAGGACAUCAGGCUAUCCAUUACUCCAGAAUUCUGCCAAACAUCUGGCUGGGAAGUUGCCCUCGGCAGCUGGAGCAUGUGACUGUGAAGCUGAAGCACGAGCUGGGUGUUACAGCAGUGAUGAACUUCCAGACCGAAUGGGACAUUGUUCAGAAUUCCUGGGGCUGCAACCGCUACCCGGAGCCCAUGAGCCCUGAAAUACUCAUGAAACUGUAUAAAGAGGAAGGUCUUGCCUAUGUCUGGAUGCCAACCCCAGACAUGAGCACUGAAGGAAGAAUACAGAUGUUGCCACAAGCUGUCUGCCUCUUGCACGGGCUACUGGAGAAUGGACACACUGUCUACGUUCAUUGCAACGCGGGUGUUGGCAGGUCUACAGCUGCUGUCAGUGGCUGGCUGAAGUACGUGAUGGGAUGGAGCCUGCGGAAAGUGCAGUACUUUUUGGCUUCCAGGAGACCAGUUGUCUACAUUGAUGAGGAAGCUCUGAUCCGUGCUGAAGACGAUUUCUACCAGAAAUUUGGGCACCUUCGUUCCUCAUGCAAAGUACAAGAGUAGAAAAGCAGAAGAGAAAAAAGAAGGUGAAAAAGAAUCCUUACAUUUGAACCUCAAGGACUUAGAAAUCAUGAGUCAGAGUCCUGCCUCUCCUCUUCAGAUUAUAAGCUUGUCAUAGAAGUCGUGAGAAUUUUUUUAAAAAGUGCCUUUGAGGGUUUUUUUACUUGCUUUCUUUAAGCUGAUAUGAUUCCUGUUUUCAAGCUUUUUUCUGCAAGUAUGAGACCUAGAAACUCUGCAAAGGAAAACUAAGAUUUUCUUUUAACUACUUGCCUAUAGGAACGGAGGUUUUAGGGUAGACACUAAAUAAGACUUGAUGUGAAAUAGUUAGAGUUGGCAAUAUUUCCGUGACAAGAAAGAGAAGGCAUUCUCAGAAAAACAGAUACAAAGCUUGACUGGAUUAAGGUUCAGAUUAAGAUGGAGCUGAUCAUCGUCAAAGCUGCUCAGUUAUUUUAGGUGGAGUGUACCUUACUGAAGUGUUUUCCAGUAAUUUUGUAGACAAGUGGUGUUAAUGAGAAAGACCAGAAGGAAACUGAUUUUUCAACUCAGUGUCUUAAACAAAAAGCUAAUGUCUAAUGCAGUGAACUAAAAUUUGCUCUCUUUGCCUAUGUAGUUAAUGUUAAAUAGUUAAA